AUGCCCGACAAGUACAAGUCCAUUCAACUCUAUUCAGACCUCUCUGCCCUGACUCUGCAAAAGCGCAAGGAAUAUAAAGACAUCACAGAGACACUCAGAGCAAGACAGGUGCCAUACCGAUGGGGCCACCCGGUCCGCCUCCUGAUCCAGAGAAAUGGGACGGUAACAACUAUCCUGUCCCCAGAAGAAGGGAGAAAAACCCUCCGGACCUGGGGGAUAGCACUGCAGCAACAGCCGGAGAAAACGCAAGCUACACAGCGGCUGACACCAGAAUGGAAGAAGCAAC